GGGGACACUGUCCCACCCCCGGAAGUGUGGGUCGUGCUUCCGGCGGCGGCUUGGGGUCCGGGGAGUGAGACCUUCUCAGCGGCUGGCGGCCGUAAGGGAGGAGCCCUCUUCUGGGCCCCUGGCCACCAUGGCCAAGCCAGCCAACAAAGACUCAGGCUUGAAGGAGAAGUUCAAGAUUCUAUUGGGACUGGGAACACCAAGGCCAAAUCCUAGGUCUCCAGAAGGCAAACGGACGGAGUUUAUCAUCACAGCGGAAAUCCUGAGAGAACUGAGUGUUGAAUGUGGCCUCAGCAAUCGCAUCCGGGUGAUAGGGCAGAUCUGUGAAGUUGCAAAAACUAAGAAAUUUGAAGAGCAUGCAGUGGAAGCACUCUGGAAUGCUGUUGCAGACCUGUUGCAGCCAGAGCGGCCACCAGAGGCUCGACAUGCAGUGCUGGCCCUCCUGAAGGCUAUUGUACAGGGGCAGGGUGACAGCUUGGGAGUUCUCAGAGCCCUCUUCUUUAAGGCCAUCAGAGAUUACCCCUCCAGUGAAGACCUCCAUGAAAGGCUGGAAGUUUUCAAGGCCCUCACAGACAAUGGGAGACAUAUCACCUACUUGGAAGAAGAACUGGCGAAUUUCGUCUUGCAGUGGAUGGAUAUUGGCUUGUCCUCAGAAUUUCUGCUGGUGCUUGUGAACUUGGUCAAGUUCAACAGCUGUUACCUUGAUGAACACAUCGCAUCAAUGGUUCACAUGAUCUGUCUGCUGUGCAUCCGGACCAUGUCCUCUGUGGACAUAGAGGUCUCCCUGCAGGUGCUGGACGCUGUGGUCUGCUACAACUGCCUGCCAGCUGAGAGCCUCCCUCUGUUCAUUGUUACCCUGUGCCGCACCAUCAAUGUCAAGGAACUCUGUGAGCCUUGCUGGAAGCUGAUGCGUAACCUCCUGGGCACUCACCUGGGCCACAGUGCCAUCUAUAACAUGUGCCGCAUCAUGGAGGACAGAGCCUACAGGGAUGAUGCCCCCCUGCUGAGAGGAGCUGUGUUCUUUGUGGGCAUGGCUCUUUGGGGCGCCCACCGACUCCCUUCUCUCAAGAACUCCCCAACAUCUGUAUUGCCAUCUUUUUAUGAGGCCAUGGCCUGUCCUAACGAAGUGGUGUCCUAUGAGAUUGUGCUGUCCAUAACCCGACUCAUCAAGAAGUAUAGGAAGGAGCUUCAGGCAGUGACGUGGGACAUUCUGCUGAAAGUCAUGGAACGGCUGCUUCAGCAGCUCCAGGACCUGGAAAGCCCAGAGCUCAGGACCAUCGUCCAUGACCUGCUGACUACUGUGGAGGAGUUGUGUGACCAGAAUGAGUUUCAUGGCUCACAGGAAAGAUAUUUUGAGCUGGUGGAGAGCUGUGCGGACCAAAGGCCUGAGUCCUCCCUCUUAAACUUAAUAUCCUACAGAGCUCAGUCCAUUCACCCAGCGAAGGACGGCUGGAUCCAGAACCUGCACUUGCUGAUGGAGAGGUUCUUCAGGAAUGAGUCUCGUAGUGCUGUGCGCAUCAAGGUGUUGGAUGUGCUGUCCUUUGUGCUGCUCAUCAACAGGCAGUUUUAUGAGGAAGAACUGAUUAACUCAGUAGUCAUCUCUCAGCUGUCCCAUAUCCCUGAAGACAGAGACCCCCAAGUCCGAAAGCUGGCUACCCAACUGCUGGUGGAUCUGGCCGAGGGCUGCCAUACCCACCACUUCAACAGUCUGCUGGACAUCAUUGAAAAAGUGAUGGCCCGCUCCCUUUCUCUGCCUCCUGAGUUAGAAGAAAGGGAUGUGACUGCCUACUCAGCUUCUCUGGAGGAUGUGAAAACUGCAGUCCUGGGGCUCCUGGUCAUCCUUCAGACCAAGCUGUACACCCUGCCUGCCAGCCAUGCCAUGCGUGUAUAUGAGACACUUGUCAGCCACAUCCAGCUUCACUACAAGCAUAACUAUUCCCUGCCCAUUGCCAGCAGUAUCCGGCUGCAGGCCUUUGACUUCCUGCUGCUGCUACGGGCUGAUGCGCUGCACCGCCUGGGUCUGCCCACCAAGGACGGGAUCGUGAGAUUUAGCCCCUACUGCUUGUGUGACUACAUGGAGCCUGAGAGGAGCUCUGACAAAAAGGCUGGCGGCCCCCUUUCACCUCCCACUGGGCCAACAGGCUCUGCAGCAGGAUGCCCUGCCUUUCGGCUUGGCCACCUACCCUACUCCCUGCUCUUCCGAGUUCUGCUGCAGUGUUUGAAGCAGGAAACUGACUGGAAGGUGCUGAAGCUGGUCCUCAGUAAACUGCCAGAGUCACUGCGCUACAAAGUUCUCAUCUUCACAUCUCCAUGCAACGUUGACCAGCUCUCUUCUGCCCUCUGCUCUAUGCUUUCAGGCCCAAAGACCCUUGAGCGCCUCCGAGGCACCCCAGAAGGCUUCUCCAGAACUGACCUGCACUUGGCUGUGGUUCCUGUUCUGACGGUGUUGAUCUCUUACCAUAACUACUUGGACAAGACCAAACAGCGUGAGAUGGUUUACUGCCUGGAGCAAGGCCUCAUCUACCGCUGUGCCAGCCAGUGUGUGGUGGCCCUGGCCAUCUGCAGUGUGGAAAUGCCUGACAUCAUGAUCAAGGCGCUGCCCGUCCUGGUGGUGAAGCUCACACACAUCUCUGCCACGGCCAGCAUGGCUGUCCCUCUCCUAGAGUUUCUAUCCACUCUGGCCAGGCUGCCCCACCUCUACAGGAACUUUGCCGCUGAACAGUACGCAAGUGUGUUUGCUAUCUCGCUGCCCUACACCAACCCCUCCAAAUUCAAUCAGUACAUCGUGUGCCUGGCGCAUCACGUCAUAGCCAUGUGGUUCAUUAGGUGCCGCCUGCCCUUCCGGAAAGAUUUUGUCCCAUUUAUCACUAAGGGUCUACGCUCCAAUGUCCUCCUGUCUUUCGAUGACACCCCUGAGAAGGACAGCUUCAGAGCACGGAGCACUAGCCUCAAUGAGAGGCCUAAAAGUUUGAGGAUAGCCAGAGCCCCCAAACAAGGCCUGAAUAACUCCCCACCCGUGAAAGAAUUCAAGGAGAGCUCUGCAGCCGAGGCCUUCCGGUGCCGCAGCAUCAGUGUGUCUGAACAUGUGGUCCGCAGCAGAAUACAGACCUCUCUCACUAGUGCUAGCCUUGGGUCUGCAGAUGAGAACUCCAUGGCCCAGGCUGAUGACAACUUGAAAAAUCUCCACUUGGAGCUCACGGAAACGUGUCUGGACAUGAUGGCCCGAUAUGUGUUCUCCAACUUCACCGCAGUCCCCAAGAGGUCUCCUGUAGGAGAGUUCCUCCUAGCAGGUGGCAGGACCAAAACCUGGCUGGUUGGGAAUAAGCUUGUCACCGUGACAACGAGUGUUGGGGCCGGGACCCGCUCAUUGCUGGGCCUGGACUCAGGCGAGCUACAGGGUGGCCCAGAGUCAAGCUCCGAAUCUGGUGUACACAUAAGACAGACCAAGGAGGCGCCUGCAAAGCUGGAGUCCCAGGCUGGGCAGCAGGUGUCCAGUGGGGGCCGGGACCGUGUCCGCUCCAUGUCUGGGGGCCAUGGCCUUCGGGUUGGUACCAUGGACGCACCGGCCCUCCACACCACAGGUGGCCCUGCUUCUCCGGGACUGCAGACCACACCAGCCACAAAGCCUGAGCAGACUUCUGCAGGUGCCCGGGUUUUAGCACCAGAGAAGACGAACCUAGCAGCCUAUGUGCCACUGCUGACCCAGGGCUGGGCAGAGAUCUUGGUCCGGAGGCCCACAGGGAACACCAGCUGGCUGAUGAGCCUGGAGAACCCACUCAGCCCCUUCUCCUCAGACAUCAACAACAUGCCCCUGCAGGAGCUGUCCAACGCCCUCAUGGCUGCUGAGCGCUUCAAAGAGCACCGGGACACUGCCUUGUACAAGUCACUGUCCGUGCCAGCGGCCGGCACAGCCAAGCCCCCUCCUCUCCCACGGUCUAAUACGGUGGCCUCUUUCUCCUCCCUGUACCAGUCCACCUGCCAAGGACAGCUGCACAGGAGCAUUUCCUGGGCAGACUCAGCAGUGGUCCUGGAGGAAGGAAGUCCGGGCGAGGCUCACAUGCCAGGGGAGCCCCCAGAGUCGGAGGACUUCGAAGCAGCGUUAAGUGCAGACAGGCGCUGCCAGCGCCCUGGCACUUACAGCAGGUCAUCCUCAGCCUCCAGCCAGGAGGAGAAGUCCCACGUGGAGGAGCUGGCUGCAGGGGGCAUACCCAUCGAGCGGGCUGUCUCUUCUGAGGGUGGCCGGCCCUUGGUGGACCUCUCCUUCCAGCCCUCACAGCCCCUGAGCAAGUCCAGCUCCUCUCCUGAGCUGCAGACUCUGCAGGACAUCCUCGGAGACCCUGGGGACAAGGCUGACAUUGGCCAGUUGAGUCCUGAGGCCAAGGCCCGAUCCCAGUCAGGGAUACUGGAUGGGGAGGUUGCUGCCUGGUCAGCUACAGGUGGAGAGAGCCGGGGUGCAGCUCCGCCCGAGGGUCCCUUGCCAUCCAGCUCUCCCUGCUCUCCCAGCGGCCCCCGCCCCCGAGGCUACACCAUCUCGGACUCUGCUCCAUCACGCAGGGGCAAGAGAGUAGAGAGGGAUGCCUUCAAAAACAGAGCUGCCACCUCCAACACUGAGAAAGUACCAGGCAUCAACCCCAGCUUUGUGUUCCUGCAGCUCUACCAUUCACCUUUCUUUGGAGACGAGUCCAACAAGCCCAUCCUACUGCCCAAUGAGGCCUUCGAACGGUCAGUGCAGCUGCUUGACCAGAUCCCGUCCUACGACACACACAAGAUUGCUGUCCUGUACGUGGGAGAAGGCCAGAGCAGCAGCGAGCUGGCCAUCCUCUCCAAUGAGCAUGGCUCCUACAGGUACACAGAGUUCCUGACGGGCCUAGGCAGGCUCAUUGAACUCAAGGACUGCCAGCCUGACAAGGUGUACCUGGGUGGCCUCGAUGUAUGUGGUGAGGACGGCCAGUUCACCUACUGCUGGCAUGACGACAUCAUGCAAGCUGUCUUUCACAUCGCCACGCUGAUGCCUACCAAGGAUAUGGACAAACACCGCUGUGAUAAGAAGCGGCACCUGGGUAAUGACUUUGUUUCCAUCAUCUACAAUGACUCUGGUGAGGAAUUCAAGCUGGGCACCAUCAAGGGCCAGUUCAACUUCGUCCACGUGAUCAUCACACCCCUGGACUACGAGUGCAACCUGCUGUCACUGCAGUGCAGGAAAGACAUGGAGGGCCUGGUGGAUACCAGUGUGGCCAAGAUUGUGUCUGACCGUAACCUGCCCUUUGUGGCCCGCCAGAUGGCCCUGCAUGCAAACAUGGCCUCACAGGUGCACCACAGCCGCUCUAACCCCACGGACAUCUAUCCCUCCAAGUGGAUUGCUCGGCUCCGCCACAUCAAGCGACUCCGCCACCGGAUCCGCGAGGAAGCCCAGUACUCAAACCCCAGCCUGCCUCUGAUGCAGCCUCCAGCCCAUGCCAAAGCCUCGGCCCAGGCCCCAUCUGAACCCAUGCCUGCUUAUGAGACAGGCCAGCGGAAGCGCCUGAUCUCCUCGGUGGAUGACUUCACAGAGUUUGUGUGAGGCAGAGCUCAGGCCAAGGGUUCUUCCUGGUUGCCCCCAACAACACUGGAUGGUAUUUUGUAUAAACGAAAUAAACUGCCUCUAUCUCAGGCAUAGGUAGCAGUCAGACAGC